GCCGGGCCGGGUUCGCGGGCGCAGGCGCGGGCGCGCGCACGACGCCGCCGUUGGUGCCCCUCGCGCCCGGCCGGGGCGCCAUGGCCGGGGCCGGCGGGGCCCGCUCGGUGCCGCGCGGCGGGCGGCGGGCGGCGGGGGGGCGCUGAGGCGGCGGCGGGGAAACGGGGACGGGGACGGGGACUGGGGCUGGGGCAUGGCCUCCCCGCCCGGCAGCGAGGAGAGGGGCCUGCGGGAGCGGGUGGCGGCGCUGGAGGCGGAGCUGGGCGCCUGCCGCGGGCAGCUGGAGCGGGCGCAGCGCCGGCUGCGGAGAGCAGAGCGCCUGCACCGCGAGGAGAGGGAGGGCGGCCGGGCGCUGAGGAGACAGGUGGAAGAGCUCACUAAGGAAAUCCACAGCAGGAAGGAGAAGGAUACAUCUAGCAUAGGCAUACAGACAGAGGACUACGCGGCGUGGUCACAAGCAGAUUAUUACUACUAUGAAAAUUAUUAUAAUCACACUGAUACUCAGGACUGUGCACCCGAGCUAUCAGUGCAGCACAAUCAUAUGACAGAAGGCACUGAGCAAAACUCCACAGAGGAGUUAAAGGAGGACAUUAAUGUUCCUGAAAGUGUGGAUAGCGCUGGAGUUACUGAAGGUGGAGAAGAGGAAAAUUUCGUCCAGAAUUCACAGGAAACAGAAGGUGCAUCAGUACCAGAGGGCUCCUUGGCUGAGAGCUUGAGAGCUGCUGCAGAAGCUGCUGUUUCACAAACAGGAUUUAUUUAUGAUGAAAAUACAGGAUUGUAUUAUGACCAUAGCACUGGAUUCUACUAUAAUUCGGAAAAUCAACUGUAUUAUGAUCCAACAACUGGAAUUUACUAUUACUGCGAUGUGGAAAGUGGCAGGUACCAGUUUCAUUCACGAGUGGAUCUACAGUCUUAUCAGGCUUCUGGUUCUCAGCACACUAAGGAUAAAAAAGGGAAAAAGAAGAGAAAAGAAACGGAGUGGAAUACUGCAAAUGAGUAUAAGGAUUUGGACGCAGAAGAGCAGAAAUCAUCUAACAGUCUGAACUGUUUUUCCACUACUGAGCAAGUAAGUUCUACUGAAGAGGAAGAGUCUCCUAAUGCAAGAAAGAAGACUAAAAUGGACACAAAAAUACGAACCAGUCUAACAGCCAAAGAAUCGUUUUCCACAGACAGUAUAAAUUCACAUUCACGCAAAAGUACACCAGAUACUGCAGCAUACACAGAUGACAGUAAAAUAGUAGACACAGAAAGUGAGCCAGAAGAAGGUGAAAUUACGGAUACUGAACAUGAAGUCUACAGCAGUGAAGAUGAAGUAACAAGUGAAGAAACCAGUGAUUCAGAAGACUCAGAAAAUGAAGAUGAAGAAAAGAUUUGGCCUCCUUGUAUCAGAGUCAUUGUAAUAAGAUCACCAGUUCUACAGACUGGAUCACUUUAUAUUAUCACAGCUGUGAAACCUGCUACCAUUGGAAGAGAAAAAGAUGUUGGACACACACUUCAGAUCCCUGAAGUUGGAGUCAGUAAGUUCCAUGCAGAAGUAUAUUUUGACCAUGAUUUGCAAAAUUACGUUCUUGUGGAUCAAGGCAGUCAGAAUGGGACAGUCGUUAAUGGAAAUCAGAUUCUUCAGCCGAAAACAAAAUGUGAUCCCUACAUCUUGGAGCAUGGUGAUGAAGUGAAGAUUGGUGAAACCGUACUUUCUUUUCAUAUACAUCCUGGCAGUGAUACUUGUGAUGGAUGUGAACCAGGUCAAGUCAGAGCACAUCUUCGCCUGGAUAGGAAAAAGGAAUCCUCUGUUUGCCCGGCACUUAGCAAAGAAGAGAGAGAGUUAGUCAGAAGAAAAGCAUUAAAACAGAUACGGGUAAAAUAUGGCUUACAGAAUACAGAGUAUGAAGACAACAAAGCAGUGAACAACCCAAAGUACAAAGACAGAGCAGGAAAACGCAGAGAGACCAUUGGCAGUGAAGGAACUUUCCAGAGAGAUGAUACUCCAGCUUCUGUCCAUAUUGAAAUCAGUGACAGCAACAAGGGACACAAAAUGUUGGAGAAGAUGGGAUGGAAAAAAGGGGAAGGCCUGGGCAAGGAUGGUGGUGGCAUGAAGGACCCGAUCCACCUUCAGUUACAUAAGCUGAAUGCAGGUUUGGGUACAAGCAGACCGGCCUCAAUUGAAGAUGUUCAGAUCAUCCAGAGCAAGAAUAAAAAGAAUUGGGAUAAAGCAAGAGAAAGGUUUGCUGAAAACUUCCAAGAACCUAAAUCACAAAAGGAUACACCUAAGAUUACGCCUUGGGUUAGAGGGACCGCAGACUGAAAUAAUGUGGUUCCACAGCAGGGUAAUUCCUGUGUGUAAAUAGUUGGAAGAGAAUUUAUUUUUAUUCUUUUUCUUUUGCUAAAGCAGAGGUUUGGUGAUAUGUAAAAUACAGUUGUGGAAACAAUUAUGCUAGAUUAACUCUAGUAUGUUAAUUGGUUUUCUGUAGUCUUCAUGCUUUUAUAAAAACAUUUUUAAUAGGAAAUGAAAGAAACCUAGGGGAUAUUCAACUUUAAAUACUUGAAUGUGAUUCUCAUCACGAGCAGGAAGUUUCUUUAGUUUUGUUUUUAACACAAGUUCAUGAAAAACCAAAACACGUUAGAUUUGAUAACCUUAACUUUUGAACAGCAGUUUAAAAGCAAGCUGAAACAAACACCCCACACCCCCAAAAGAACAGAACAUUGUAUUGCCUUUUCCUUUCUUGUAUGUUUAUUCAUGAUUGCCAUGAAAUGUUCAGCAAGAGGUACACGAUUUCUUAAAUUCAUACACUUCAUUACCAGUCAUGUCUCAGCUUACCUUCAGUAGAAAACAAAAAUUGUUUUUAAUGAUCCAUCAGUACUGUUAAAAAUAAAUAAAGUGCUCCAUGAAAUAAACUACCAGCAUUGGUGAAGAAAACAAUGUUCGAAGAGACGACAGCGUGUAGCAAAAUUUUCUUCUGUGAAGAAUUUGCUUGAGACUUGUUCAGAAAAUCUGUAUCAUGUCUUUUAAAAGAGGGGGUAUGUUUAGAAAACUGCUGUCUGUAUGUAUUGUUUAUUAAUUUCUUGUUCUGAUGCAUCCAUUGCUGGCAAUGGAGUUUCUGCCAGGGAAAAAAAAAAACAUUUUGGGUGGAAAAGGAUUGCCAAACUGAAGCUAACAGCUUGGUAUUUAUUCACUGUUCCUAAACACAAUAAAUUAUUGUAAAUUUAA